AUGAAGUGGGUCGUCGAAUCGUCUCCGGCGGCUGUCACCCGGCGGAGCGGAAAAACGGCGACUUUGCGGCUCUCCGGCGGCUGUCACCCGACGGAGAGGGGCUGGAUGGAGGUGAGGCGCGUGUUAGGGAGCUUCAUCCUCAGGUCCGCGCAGCAAGAGGAGGCUCUUCAUCGCAUCUGGUACGCUCUCAGGAGGUGGCGACUGGUCUCCCGGCGGAUCGUCCUCUUCCCGACGACGGCUUGUUCGUCGAUCAAUCGGAGAUGAUUUACUCGAUGGAUUGCGAUCCUUUUAUCGCGAAUCGUUCAGAAAUUUUAGUAGCAAUGCUCCGCGAAUCGCGUUGACGAGAUUUUCGCCGAUGAUCUAGCGAUUCCGGUUGCUUAAUCCUUCACCGGCGAUCUGCAGGAAAGUCGCGAUAAUCAGUUAAAAAUAUAUGAAUUUUGACUCUGGGAGGAUUCGAACCCGCGGCGGUCGCCCGCCCAUUUAGUCCCACAUCGGUUGUGCGCGGAUUAUUCGGGCGAAUAUAUAGUAAAGUUAUCUUUUUAGGCAAAGUCCUCUCGCGUGUACGAUCACUCCUUGCCCCACAGCCGGCUGACCACCGGUGACAUGGAAGGGGAGUGGCGCACACGUGCCCCUAUCGAUCCAAGCAAGCCGCUCGAGCCCCUGCUCGCGGCUACUCCCCGACUGCGCUUCCGUCCCGCUUGCAGGCCCGGCUGGCCGGCGGAUCCCCCCAUUUUGCAAUAUUUUUAUUUUUAUUUCUUGUUCUUCAUUUAUCUCAAAACUAAGACUGUAAAAAUCGUAUAAAAUCACAUAAUUACCCAAAAAUUCACGUUAAUCAACUGAAAACCACUUUUCAUGCUUUAACACAAAUAUAAGUCUAUUUAUCAUGAGUUAAGGCUAAAACUAUAUUAUUUACUAAUUAUUAACUCAUGAUAAUGAAGACUUAUCAGAAGGGGAGUGGCACACACAUGCCUCUAUCGGUCUAAGCCACUCGAGCCUCUGCUUGUGGCUAUUCCUCGACUGCACUUCUAACCCGCUUGUGGGGGCCUGGCCAGCCGGCAGGUCCCCCACAUUUUGCUAUAUUUUUAUUUUAAUUUCUUUUCCUUCAUUUAUCUCAAAAGUAAGACUAUAAAAAUCAUAUAAAAUCACAUGAUUACCUAAAAAAUCACGUUAAUUAACUGAAAACUACUUUUUACACUUUAACACAAAUAUAAGUCUAUUUAUCAUGAGUUAAGGCUAAAACUAUAUUAUUUACUAAUUAUUAACUCAUGAUAAUGAAGACUUAUCACAUUUCUUUGAUAGAUUUUCAAUCAUUUCUUUGACCUAAUCAUACAUUUAGACCUCCUCAUCAACCACAACAUAAUGCUAAGCCCUCUUUUCAGUAAAAUACUCAUAAUUUCCAGCAAGGUACUCAUUAGCCACCAGUCCAAAAUUUCAUCCCUUCUUCCUCAAGUUCAAUCCCUAAUUUCAACCCACAAUCUCCUAAUUCAUAUCAAAAUCAAUCUUAUAUCAAUUCAAAUUCGAUGCAACAAUUUAUGGGACAAAUGAUGUAGUAAUUUCAAGAAAUAAAUACAUCUAUGAUGAAGAUGAUGGAGCAAAUUAGGUAAGAAAAUCAGAAAACUCUUAGGCUAGAAAAAGAGAUAGGUAAAGUAGCCUUGGCCGACUCAAAAUGCGAAACAGGUCAUCUUCCUAGUCAACCUAUUAUGAACCGAUGAAAUCAACCUUUUAAUAAUGAUGAACCAUCUACAUCUCAAGGUUUUGAAAAUGUAAAAGUAGUGACCACUUUGAGGAGUGGAAAACAACUCAAAGAUCCAUAUGCACCAGAUUUUUAGAAAAAUAGGUUCAUGAUGAUGAAGUGCAAAAUAAUGAUGAUAAUGACCAUGAUAGUUUAUUUUCUGAUGAUGAGAAUUUAGAGGAAGAAAAAUGAGAAUCAAAAGAAGAAAAAUCAGAAGUACCAUCCAUUUCUAUUUUAUCACAGCAAGAUGAACUUAAAAAAAUAGUCUCCUUUCCUAAGGCAUUAGAACCAAAACGUAGGAAAAGAGCUGAACCUAAUGAAGAGCUUAUGAAAAUAUUUAAAUAAUUUUAGGUCUCUAUUCCUUUGAUAGAUGCAAUCAAACAUAUACCUGCAUAUGCAAAAAUUUUAAAAGAAUUAUACACACCUUGUAGGUCACCUCGGAAGUUAUCUUUAUCUGAAGAGGCUAGUGUCAUUAUUUCUCAUUCUUUGCCUAAGAAAUUUAAGAAUCUAAGAGCACCUCUUAUCUCAUGUAAAGUGGGUGAAACUACAUUUAGAAAUGUGCUCUUAGAUUUGGGAGCAAGUGUUAAUUUAUUACCUUUGGCUGUUUUUGAAAUUUUAAAAUUAGGAGAACUAAAACCAACUUUAGUAGAACUUCAGCUAGCUAAUAUGUCUAUUAAAACACCUAAGGUUCUCCUAGAAGAUGUCAUUAUCCAAACUAAUUGAUCAACUUGCUGAACAUAAUUCAUUUCUUCUAUGCAUGAAUCAAUUACAUCAAUAUCUUCAUAAUUAUCAUUAUCUUCAUGUGGAAAUCUUGAAAUUUUAAAAACAUUUAAAGAGAUAUUUUGACCUUUAGAUUUCAUAUUUAUAAUCCUAUUUUUGGAAUCGAUAUUUGUUUUGUCUAUGACAAAAAAUAGGCACCCUAAUAUGAUUGGUACAUGAGUAAGAUCAUCUAAAAUAGGAAUAUCUAAAAUCAGAAAAUCUACUAGAAAACCUAAACUUUAUUUUUCUUACACCAAACUAAACUUAUGAUUAUCUCUACCUUAUUGACUGCUGAACAGGAAAAGAAAACAUUAGAGGUUUUACAAGAACAUAAGAAAGCAAUAGGGUGCACAAUGGCUGAUCUCAAGCGGAUCAGCCCAUCAAUUUGCAUGCAUGGAAUAUAUACAAAAGAUAAUUCAAAACCAUCAAGGGAAAUGCAAUGUAGGCUGAACCCAAACAUGAAAGAAGCGGUAAAGAAAGAAAUCAUCAAAUGGUUAGAUGCUAAUAUUAUUUACCCUAUUUAUGAUAGUCAAUGGGUUAGCCCAACACUAGUAGUUCACAAGACUCUCCACAGGAUGGAGAGUAUGCAUUGAUUACUGUAAGCUUAAUGCAAUGACAAGGAAAGAUUAUUUCUCUUUGUCAUUUAUUGAUCAAAUUUUAGAAAGACUUCCAGGUCAAAAAUAUUUUUAUUUCUUAGAUGAAUUUUAAGGAUAUAAUAAAAUAGAAAUAUUUCCAGAAGAUCAAGAGAAAACAACAUUCACAUGUCCAUUUGGAACAUAUACAUUUAAAUGCAUGCCCUUUGGUUUAUGCAAUGCACCUGUCACAUUUCAAAGAUACAUGAUGUCUAUAUUUACUAAAAUGAUUGGUGAUUUUUUAGAAGUCUUCAUGGAUGAUUUUUCAGUCUUUGGUGAUUCAUUUGAUAUAUAUCUAAAUAAUCUUAAGAAAGUACUUAAGAGAUGUGAAGAGACCAAUCCCAUUCUUAGUUGGGAGAGAACUCAUUUCAUGGUUAGAGAAGGUAUUAUUUUAAGACAUAUUGUGAGUGAAAGAGGAAUAGAAGUAGAUAGAGCAAAAAAAAAUUCUAUUAUUAGUUUACCUCCACCUACUUCUAUUUGUCAAAUUAGACCAUUUCUAGGACAUGCUAGUUUCUAUAGAAGAUUUAUCAAAGAUUUUUCAAAAAUUGCUAGACCUCUUACAGCCUUACUUGUUAAAGAUAUCACUUUUGAUUUUGAUGAAGCAUGUUUUGAGGCUUCUCUAUACUUCAAGCUAUUGACCAAGGCAACUAUUUUAUAGUCACCCACUUGGUCAAUUCCUUUUGAAAUCAUGUGUGAUGCUUCAAAUCAUGCAUUGGGUGUUGUUUUAGGACAACGAAUUAAUAAGAAACUAGUGGUAAUUUAUUAUGCAAGCAGAACAAUUUCCGAUGCACAAAUAAAUUAUACCACUAUGGAAAAAGAAUUACUUGCAGGUUUUUUUACCUUAGAAAAAUUUAGAUCUUAUAUCUUAGGAUCUAAAGUUAUUGUAUAUUCAAAUCACACAGCCCUAAGAUAUUUGUUGACUAAGAAAGAAACAAAACCACAUCUACUUAGAUGGAUCUUAUUAUUUCAACAAUUUAACUUAGAGAUUCGAGAUAAGAAAGGUGUAGAAAACGUGGAAGCUGACCAUUUGUCUAGAAUUGAAGGGCAAGAAAGGUUGGAUUAAAUGAUUUAUUUCCUGAUGAAAUAUUCUUGCCUUGCAUAGUAAGCUCACACCAUGGUAUGCACAUAUAGUUAAUUAUUUAGCAAUUAGCAAAAUCCCAUCUCAUUGGCAAAAGGAUGGACGCGAACAAUUCUUUGCUUGGAAUGACCCUAAUCUAUUUCAUCUAGGAUCAGAUCAAAUUUUAUGAAGAUGCAUUCCUAAAGAAGAAAAUUUUCAAAUUUUAGAACAUUGUCAUUCUUAUGAAUGUGGGGUCAUUUCGCAAGAAAGAAAAUAGCAGUAAAAAUUUUACAAUGUGGUUUCUAUUGGCCAUCUUUAUUUAAAGAUGCUCACAUAUUUUUUAGGCAAUGUAUCAAAUGUCAAGUUGUCAUUAAUAUUAAAAAAAGGAAAUGCAAUACCUUUAAAAUUAGUAAUUGUUGUUGAAAUUUUUGAUAUUUGGGGCAUUGAUUUUAUGGGACCCUUUCCUUCAUCUCAAGGCUAUGAAUAUAUUUUGUUAGCUAUUGAUUAUGUGUCAAAGUGGGUAGAAGCUACUCCAACAAGGACAAAUGAUCAUAAAGUAGUUAUCCAAUUUGUUCAAAGUAAUAUUUUUACACGAUUUAGAUGUCUUAAAGUAAUAAUUAGUGAUGGGGAACUAAUUUCACUAAUCAUCACUUUAGGAUGUUACUUAGAAAAUAUGAUGUUAAUCAUAUGAUAGCUACCUAAUGUCUUCAUUAUCAUGAGUUAAUAAUUAAAAAAAAUAUAGUUUUAGACUUUACUCAUGAUAAAUAAACUUAUAUUUGUGUUAAAGUAUUAAAAGUAGUUUUUAGUUGACUAACGUGAAAUUUUAAUAAUUAUGUGAUUUUUUACGAAUUUAUAUGAUUUUUAUAAUCUUAUUUUUGAGAUAAAUAAAGAAAGAAAUAAAAUUAAAAUAUAGAAAAAUGGGGGGGACCUGCCGACCAGCCAGGCCUACAAGCGGGUCGAAAGCACAGUCAAGGGGAGCCGUUAGUAGGGGCUUGAGUGGGUAAGACUGAUGGGGGCACAUGUGUGCCACUCUCCUUCUAUGUCACCGAUGGCCAACCAAUUGUGAGACAAGGAGUGGUCAUACACGCAAGAGAAAAUGACUCAUUGCUUGUAAAUGUGAUAUUACUAUAUAUUCACCUAAAAAUUCAGAGCGCAAGCGAUGUGGAACUAAACCCGCAUCACACCUUCUCCUAAAAGGCUUUGAAGAUUUUAAUACCUACACUAUCCCUUCGUUAUAAUAGAGAUAUAUCAUAAUGACUAAUAAAUCUUUAUUAUCAUGAGUUAAUAAUUAUUAAAUAAUAUAGUUUUAGCCUUAACUCAUGAUAAAUAGACUUAUAUUUAUGUUAAAGUGUGAAAAAUGGUUUUCAAUUGAUUAACGUGAAUUUUUAGGUAAUUAUGUGAUUUUAUAUGAUUUUUACAGUCUUACUUUUGAGAUAAAUGAAGAACAAGAAAUGAAAAUAAAAAUAUUACAAAAUGGGGGGACCUGUCAACUAGCCGGGCCCGCAAGUAAGUCGGAAGCAGGUUAGAAGUGCAGUCCGGGAGUAGCCACGAGCUGGGGCUCGAGCGGCUUGGCUUGGACCGCUAGGGGCACAUGUGCACCACUCCCCUUCCACGUCACCAGUGGCCAGCCGGUGUGGGGUAAGGAGUGGUCGUACACGCAAGAGAAAGGACUUUGCUUAGAAAUCUAACAUUACUAUAUAUUCACCCGAAAAAUCAGCGCACAACUGAUGUGGGACUAAACCUACAUCACACCUUCCACAGAAGAGGCAGGCAACCAGCACGGGUUCAAAUCCUCCUAGAGUCAAAAUUCAUAUAUUUUUAUCUGAUUAUCAUGACUUUCCUGCAGAUUGCUAAUGAAGGAUUAAGCAAUGAGAAUCAUUGAAUCAUCGGCAAAAAUCUUGUCAACUUGAUUCACGGAGCAUUGCUACUAAAAUUGCUGACGUAUGCACCCUUAUUUCCUUUUUUCGUGAAUAUUAAAUAUAUUUUCUUUUCAUUUCUUAGUAUAAAAUUCAUAUAAAAUAGUAUUCAUUGAGAAAAAUUCUGAAUAAUUACCAAAUAUUAUAUUACAUAUCUAUGAUUGACUUGGAAAAUUAUUAUUAUUAUUGAAAGUUUUAUUAAAUUAUAAUUGAUAUAUUUAUUCAGAAAUACUUCUAAAUAUCUAAAAAUUUGUAUUUUCUAGUUUUAUAAAUUUUAUAUUUGCGUGAUUUAAUAUACAACGACUGAGUCACGUUAGUGACGUCACUUGAUAAGAGCAUUAGAGUACUUAUUUCAAUCUCUCUCAUACAAGUAGGCAACUGGCGUGAAUUCUAAUCCUUCUAGAACUAAAACUCAUAUUUUUAUCUAGUUAUUAUGACUUUCUUGUAGAUCAUUGGUGAAAGAUUAAACCACUAGAAUUGUUGGUUCAUCGGUGAAAAUCUUGUCAACGUGAUUUGUAAAGCAUUAAUAUUAAAAUUUAUGAAUGAUUCACGAUAAAAAGAUCACAAAUCCAUCAAGUAAAUCAUCUCUAAUUGAUUGACGAACAAGCGUCAUCAGAAAGAGAAUGGUCUCCCAUGAGACGAGUCCCUACCUCUUAAGAGUGUAUUAGAUGUGAUGAAGAGCCUCUAACGUGACUUAGUUGUUGUAUGUUAAAUCACGCAAAUUUAAAAUUUAUAAAAUUAGAAAAUAUGAAUUUUUAGAUAUUUAAAAGUAUUUUUGAACAAAUAUAUUAAUUAUAAUUUAAUAAAACUUCUAAAAAUAGUGGUAAUUUUCUAAGUCAAUCAAGGGAUGAAAUAUAAUAUCUAGUAAUUAUUCAGAAUUUUCCUCAAAGAAUACUAUUUUCUAUGAAUUUUAUACUAAGAAAUGAAAAGGAAAUAUAUUUAAAAUUCACAAAAAAAGAAAAUAAGGGUGCAGAUGUUAGGAUGAUGUCAGCACUCAACGAUUCUUACAUAGGUGAUUACAAAUGAUUUAAUUAAUCAAAUUAAGAUCUGUAAAAGCCAAAAGAAUUAUAAGUGAACAAAGUAUACUUUGGUAAAUUAAAAUCACAUAAAUUAUCACUAAAUACAACAUAAAGUAAGUUGAAAGUAGGAAAACAAAGUUCUAGCAUCGCGAUAGUGAUGCAUCGGCGAUACACCAGAAUCUUGAGCAUUCGGGAGGAUCAUCGUGCAGUGUCUAUGUCCUCAAAGGCUUUCCUUGGACAAAGACAACGUGAACAAUCUCUAGAUCUCCUUGUGAAGUCUAAAGAUUAAUGAAAUGGGUCGUCAAAUCGUCUCUGGUGGCUAUCACCCAAUAGAGCAGAAACGACGACUUUGCAGCUCUUUGAUGACUGUCACCCGACAGAGAGGAGCUAGAUGGAGGUGGGGCGUGUGUUAGGGAGCUUCAUCCUUAGGACCACGUAGCAAGAGGAGGCUCUUCAUCUCAUCUGAUAUGCUCUAAAGAGGUGGCGACUUGUCUCCCAGCAGAUCAUCCUCUUCCCGAUAAUGACUUGUUCGUCGAUCAAUCGGAGAUGAUUUACUCAAUGGAUUUGUGAUCCUUUUAUUGCAAAUCCUUCAAUAAUUUUAGUAACAAUGCUCCGCGAAUCGCAUUGACGAGAUUUUUGCUGAUGAUCUAGCGAUUCUAGUUGCUUAAUCUUUCAUCGGCGAUCUACAAGAAAGUCGCAAUAAUCAGAUAAAAAUAUAUGACUUUUGGCUCUAGGAGGAUUCAAACCUAUGCCGGUUGCCCACCCCCCCUUUUGGGGAAGGUGUGACGUGGGUUUAGUCCCACAUCAAUUGUGUGCCAAAUUUUUAGGCGAAUAUAUAGUAAUGUUACAUCUCAAAGCAAGUCCCUUCUCACACGUGUAUGACCACUCCUUGCCCCAUAGUCGGUUGGCCAUUGAUGAUGUGGAAGGGGAGUGACACACAUGUACCCCUAUCAGUCCAAGCUGCUCGAGCCCUUGCUCACAACUACUCCCCGACUAAGCUUCCAACCCACUUACACGUAUAGCUGGCUGGCGGGUUCCCCUCACUUUAUCUUAUUUUUAUUUUUUAUUACUUUUCCUUCAUUUAUCUCAAAAGCAAGACUGUAAAAAUUAUAUAAAUUUGUGUAAAAUUAUAUAAUUACCCAAAAAUUCACAUUAAUCAAUUAAAAACUACUUUUCACACUUUAACACAAAUAUAAGUCUAUUUAUAAUGAGUUAAGGCUAAAACUAUAUUAUUUAUUAAUUAUUAACUCAUGAUAAUGAAGACUUAUCACACCCCUCAACUUAAAUUUUUGCUAGUCCCUUAGUAGUGGAAUUACGAAAAUAAAAUUUACAAAUCUCAAACAUCAUAUUUCAAUACAGAAAAACAAUAGAAUUAGAAAUGAUGCACCUUUAGAUACUUUGGAUUCUUAUAUCAAAUAUUUAAGAAUGAUGUCAAGUACUUAAAUGUUUAAACACUCCUUGGAAUAACAAUCUAGACUUCACUUCUUCUAUUCACAUCUUUAUCACUUCUUCACUCAUAGAUGCAUUUACAAGAUGUUCUAAUUAUCAAUACUCAUUCAAAAAUAAUCUUGAUCCUACAUUUCUUUUUUUCUAUGACUUGAUUUUUUAAGUUUGUAUUAUAUUUCUUCCUUUAUAUAUAUAUAUAUAUAUAUAGUGGAUAAGUAGCUUUUCCUGUAGACAAAUUUUGACAAUAAGAAUGAUGUCUCACACCCUCCAUAUGUACUCUUCAUUUUCAGGGCUUUCACUUUAUCCACUUAUUUUACAGCAAGUAUUUUUCUAUGCACGAUUUUCGACAAUGAUAAUGAUGUCUCACACCCUCCAUGUGUACUCUUCAUUUCUAAAGUUUUCACAUUGCUCUCUCUUUUCUUUUCAAAAUAAGUAAUUUCUCCUCACAAGUCCUAAGAUCAAGGUGCAAAAAUCUCCAUUAAACUCAAAUGAUCAAUCAAAUUUUCACAUCAAGUAAAUACUAUUCAUCUAGAUCAUGAAGUAAAAAUCUAUAAAAUCAAAUUUAUGUUAUCUAUCAUGUAUCUAAGGAGUAUUCCAACAUUUCAUGGUACUAGAUCAUUCUUUUGACUCAAUAAUAAUCUUCCUAGUAUCUUUUGGUAUCAAUCAAUCUAAUUGAUUUAAUUUUGUAUGUAUGCAAUAUGAUGUAAGGAAUUUGUAAAUUAGAUAGUUCUAACAAUUUUAUUUUCUGUUUCAAGUUCUAUUUUUUAGUAAUAAUAAAUUUGUCAAAAAUAAAUUAAAUUUAUCCUCUUUGUAGCUGCAAUUUCUAAUUUCAGUAAUAUAUGUCUAGAGGAUUGAAAUGUGAGAAAAGGGUCUCUAGAAUUUCAAAUUUUGGGCUGUUUUUUGUCAGCUGUUUUUGACAAUAUGUUGUUCCUAACAGAAAACCAGAAAAUAGAUGUUGCAGUUUUUCUGAAUUUUAUUUUAUUUUAUUUUAUUUCAGUUGUUAUUCUAAUACAAACAUAUGUUCUUAAUCAUCCUACAGCAUAAAUUAAUAAUGAAUACUUCACCCCCCAACUUAAAAAUGACAUUGUCCUCAAUGACACAGAAAAAAAAUAUAUAAUAUGUAGAAAAUAUAAUUUUCAAGUGAACCAUGCAUAUAUACAAAGUUAAGUAUUAAAAAUAUUGUCAUAAAUGAUAGAGCUCAGAAAGACAUCACCUUGACUUCAUUUUUAAUUUUUCACUUCAUCUUACACUCCUCCUGCACUUUUUCAAAAAAAACAAAUAUAGAAACAAGUACUGCAAAAUUCUAAGAAAAAUAGAGCUUAAAAAAAAAAUCAAAUAGAAUGAAAUAAAAACCAUGGGUUGCCUCCCAUGCAGCGCACUGAAUUUAAUGUCUCCAACUGGACUCCUUGAUCUUAAUUUGGAAUUUCUUUUAAUAAUAAUUUUUUUUUCUACAAGGCAUUCAUAUUCUAUGUAAUGUUUAAGCCGUUGUUCAUUUACCUUAAAGUUAUGAUCACUUUGAAGAUUUUUAAUCAUUAUAGCCCCAUGAUCAUAUGUCUCUUCCACCACAUAAGGCCUUUUUCAUUUUCAUUUUAAUUUUCCAAAGAAUAAUUUCAGCCUAGAAUCAUAUAACUACACUUUUUCUCUAACAUCAAAUUUUUUUCUGCUAAUGUAUUUAUCAUGAAAAGUUUUAGUUUUUUCUUUAUAUAUUCUAUGAUUUUGAUAAGCUUCAUUCCUCAACUCCUCUAGUUCAUAUAGCUGAAAAAUUCUAUGCCCACUAGCUGAUUUUUCAUCUAUACAUAAAUUUUUUAUAGCCCAUAAUGCUUUAUGCUCUAUUUCCAUAAGAAGAUGACAUGGCUUUCCAAAAAUGAGAUGAAAUGGAGACAUACAUAUAGGAUUUUUAUAAGCUGUUCUAUAAGCCCAUAAUGUAUCUUGUAAUUUCGUGAGCCAAUCUUUCUAAUCUGGUCCAACUAUUUUUCUAAAAAUUCUCUCAAUUUCCCUAUUUACUACUUCAACUUGCCCAUUUGUUUGGAGAUGAUAUGGAGUGGUUACUCUAUGGUGUACUCUAUUCUUUUUCAAUAGUUCCCUGAAAUAUUUAUUUGUAAAAUGUGUUCUUCCAUCACUAAUAAUCACUCUAGAACAUCCAAAUCUCGAAAAAAUAUUUUCCUGCACAAAUUUCAUUACGAUUUUAUGAUCAUUAGUUCUAAUAGGAAUAGCUUCCACCCACUUCGACACAUAAUCAACAACAAGUAAAAUAUAUUUAUAUUUUUCAACUGAUGGGAAGGGACCCAUGAAAUCUAUUCCCUAUACAUCAAAAAUCUAACAUGUUACUCAUAGACAUUUCAUCUUUUUUACUCGUGUUACCUAUAGAUUGACAUGAAAUACAUGUUCUACUAAAUUCUAUAGAAUCUCUAAUGAUUGUAGGCUAAUAAAAACCACACUAAAAAAAUUUUGCAGUUGUUUUUCAUCUAGAAAAAUGUCCUCCACAAUUAGAUGAAUGGCACAUGUUAAUAAUACUAUGACAUUCUUCUUUAGGAACACAUCUCCUUAAAAUUUGAUCAUUGCUCAAAUAAUAUAAAUCAGGAUCAUGUCAAAAAUAAUUUCUAAUCUUCGAAAAGAAAUGAUAUUUUCUAUUCUUAUCCCACUGUUCUGGAGUUUUUUCAGAAAUCAAAAAAUUAACAAUAUGUGCAUACCAUGGUGAUGGUUGAUGUUGAACUGCCAUCAAUUGUUCAUCUAAAAAUACGUCUUGUAAAGGUGUUGCAUUUAUUCCUAUAUCACUUAAUCUAGAAAGAUGGUCAACAAAAAUAUUCUCGAAACCUUUUUUAUCUUUUAUUUCUAAGUCAAAUUUCUGUAACAAUAAAAGCCAUCUUAAUAAAUGUGACUUUACAUCUUUCUUAUUUAACAGAUAUUUUAAUGCUGCAUGAUCAAUAUAAAUAAUACUUUUAGCUCUCAAAAGAUAUGAUUUAAACCUUUCUAAUGAAAAUAUUACAGCUAACAACUCUUUUUCAGUCGUGGUAUAGUUUAAUUGAGCAUCAGAUAUAAUUUAACUAGCAUAUGAAAUUACUAUGGGUUUUGACUCUUUUGUUUGUCCUAGAAUGGCCCCCACUACAUAAUUCGAUGCAUCACACAUUAUUUCAAAGGGAAAGGACCAAUCAAGAGCUUGAAAAAUGGGUGCCUCAAUAAGUAAUUUUUUUAUUUCAGAAAAAGACUCAAAACAUUUUUCAUCAAAAUUAAAAGGCACAUCUUUAGAUAAUAGUAUGGUGUGAAGUUUAAAAAUUUUCAAAAAAUCUUGAAUAAAUUUUCUAUAAUAACCUAUAUGACUCAAGAAAGAUCUAAUCUGUUUUACUAAAUUUGGAGGUUUCAUUUUAGAUAUAUUAUCAAUUUUUUCUCUACCACCUCUAAACCUCUUUCACUCACAAUAUGACCUAACACAACUCUCUCUCUAAUAAUAAAAUGUGAUUUCUCCCAACUCAAAACUAAUUUUUUCUCUAUGCAUUUCUGAAGUACAUGUUGUAAAUGAUUUAAGCAUUCAUCAAAUUAUUCACCAAAAAAAGAAAAAUCGUUCAUAAAAAUUUCCAUGUAUUUUCCAAUUAUAUCAGAAAAAAUAGACAGCAUACAUCUUUGAAAUGUGGGUAGAGCAUUACACAAACUAAAAGGCAUGCGUUUAAAAGCAAAAGGACCAAAUGGACAAGUGAAAGUUUUUUUUUCUUGAUCUAAAGGGUUUAUAUAAAUUUGAUUAUAACCAGAGUAUCCAUCUAGAAAACAAAAAAAGUUUUUUCUAACUAAUUUUUCUAGAAUUUAAUUAGUAAAUGGUAGGGGAAAAUGAUCUUUUCUAGUAAUUGAAUUUAAUUUUCUAUAAUCAAUGCAAACCCUCCAACCGGUAGUUAAUCUUAUUUGUAUUUCAUCCCCUUUUUUAUUUUUUAUAACCAUGAUCCCUAAUCUUUUUGGCACCACUUGUGUAGGACUAACUCAUUUGCUAUCUAAAAUAGGAUAAAUAAUAUCAGCAGCCAGUCACUUUAAAUUUUCUUUUUUUAUAAUUUUCAUCAUGUUAGGAUUUAAUCUUUGUUGUAGUUCCUUGCUAGUUCUAACCCCCUCCUCUAGAUAUAUACUAUGCAUGCAUACACUCAUAUCAAUGUCCCUUAGAUCAUCCAUUUUCCAGCCCAUAGCCUUCUUAUUUUUUCAAAGCACAUCUAAUAAUUCUUCUUCUUGUUCAUUACUCAAAUCAACUAUAAUAAUAAUAGAAAAUAAAUUAUUUUCCUCUAAAAAUAUAUAUUUUAAACUAGAGGGAAGAGAUUUCAACUCUAAAUUCAGAUGAUCUUCCUCUUUCUUUUCUUCCAAAUUUAUAUUCUCUAUUUCUUCUAAUUCUUCUAGCACAUAGUCAUCAAUAACAUCUGGAUCAUCAAAAUCAUCUAGAAGAUCUAUGGUAGAACAAUCAUAUACUUAGGAUUUCUUAAGAUCAUUUAAUACCUCAAAAAUUUUAAUUUCUACUAAUUAAUCUCCACAUGAAAUGUUUACAAUACCUAUAGGAAAAUUAAUAUUCAUCUGCAAAAAUGAUCUCCCUAGAAUGAUUGGUGUAUCAUAAAACUGUCCAUUAAAAUCCAUUUUCAGCACUACAAAAUUAGUUGGAAAUUUACACCCUUUAAUUGUCACUAUCACAACUUCUAAAAUACCUUUAGGAUGUUUUAUAGAUCUAUCAGCAAAUUGUAAGGUAAUAGUAGAAGGUUUAAGAUCAGAAAUAUUAAAUUUAUCACAAAUACUGGCAGGUAAUAAACUAAUACUAGCAUCGGUGUCAAGUAAUGCAUUCUGAAAAAUGAUCCACCAAUAUCACACGAAAUUAAAGGGGCACCUAUAUCUCUCAAUUUAUAUGAUAAUUAAUUUAAUAAUAAUACACUAGCAUGCAUAGAUAAUUUUUCUACUCUAGGUGUCAUUUUUGGUGUACACAUUUCUUUCAAAACUCUAGUAUAUUCAGGAAUAUGUUCAAUGGUAGUGAGUAAAGGAAGACUAAUUUACACAUCUUGUAAAAUUUUCUUUAUUUCUUCAUUGUGUUCCUUUUUCUUUCUUUGCCUAGGCUCAAGAGCUUUAGGAAAUAGAAUGGUCGUCCUCUCUUUUGAAAUUUUCUUGGUAGAAUCUAUAAAAUCCUCUUCUACUCCUAUUUGAUUUUGUUUUGGGUUAUCCACGUUUUCCUUUUUUUUUUAAUAUUUGGGGAUAAGGAUCAAGUAAGAUCUUACCACUCAAUGUAUUCACUGUCUUUACAUUUUCAUUUCAUGAGUUUUUCUUUAGAUUCAUGCUACUAAACUCCCCUUGCUGAAAUCUUAUUGUUGGGUAGUUCCUUGGAUUUUCUAUGAGCUGACUAGGUAGUUGUCUCUCUUCUCUCUUAUUCCCAACAGCCUCUAUAAUUUGUUUCUGGUUCAGCAUCAUUUGAUUCAUAGUUUGUUGCAUCGUUUAGCUCAUUUGCUCCAUCAUUUCCACAGUAUCAAGUUAGGUUUGAGAUGGCUGAUUUUUCUGAAAUCUAUUUUCUUAUUUUGGACGAAAUUCAAAGUUUGAAUUGGGUCUAAGUGCUUCUAGAUUUUGAAUAUUAUUUCGGUCUCUCUAUGAGAAAUUAUUCCUCUAAUUAGCAUUAUAAGAAUUUGAAAAAGGUUCUCUAUUUCUAUUAAAACUGUGAGCUACUUGUACUUAUUCUUGCAUAGGGUGAAAUAAUUGAUCUAAAUUAUAACAUUAAAAUUCAGAAUAAUCAUUUUCACCAUACAUAGGACAUGUACUAUUUGAAUUAAAUUGAGGGUUAAAAUGUCAAUAAGUAAAUUAUUUUUUUUUAAUCUUUGAUUAAUCUGAUUAACCUCAUUUCUAAGUUUAGAAUCAUCAUCAUGAUACAAUUCAUAAAUUCCUCUUCUUAUCUCUAUCAUAUAAUUCAAAAGAGGCUUGAUCUCUAGAAUUUUCACUUAAAUUCUCAUAAAGAGUAUAAAUCUUAUCAAGAGUUUUCUCCAUAAAAACUUCUCCACAUAUAGAAUCAACCAUAUUUUUAUAUUAUUCUAAUAAUCUAUCAUGAAAAAUUCUAUUGACCAAGUGACAUGACUUAGUCGAUGUAUAUUAAAUCACGCAAAUCUAAAAUUUAUCAAAGUAAAAAAUACAAAUUUUCAGAUAUUUAGAAGUAUUUCUAAAUAAAUAUAUCAAUUAUAAUUAAAUAAAACUUUCAAAAAUAGCAAUAAUUUUCCAAGUCGAUCACAGGGAUGUAAUAUAAUAUCCAGAAAUUAUUUAGAAAUGUUCUCAAUGAAUAUGAUUUUUUAUGAAUUUUAUACUAGGAAAUGAAAAGGAAAUAUAUUUAAAAUUCACGUAAAAGGAAAAUAAGGGUGCAGACGUUAGGAUGAUGCAGUGCCCGACAAAUGCAAAUCGAACAGAAAUAGAGUUCCGUCCGGCGAUUCUUAUGUAAGUGAUUACAGACAAUUUAAUUAAUCAAAUUAAGAUCUGUAAAAGUCAGAAGGAUCCUAAUCGAAUUAAGUAUAUUUUGGUAAAUUAAAAUCACAAAAAUUAUCACUAAAUGAAGUGUAAAGUAAGUUGAAAGCAAGAAAAUAGAGUUCCAGCAUCACAACGGCAAUGCGUCGGCAAUACACUGGAAUCUUGAGCGUUCCAGAAGAUCAUCAUGUAGUGUCCAUGGCCUCAAAGGCUCUCCUUGGACAAAGAUGACGUGGACAAUCUCUAGAUCUUCUCACGAAGUCUAGAAAUUAAUGAAAUGGGUUGUCGAGUCAUCUCCAGCGACUGUCACCCGACGGAGUGGAAAAAUGGCGACUUUACGGCUCUUUGGCGGUUGUCACCCGACGAAGAAAAGCUAGAUGGAGGUGGGGUGCAUGUCAGGGAGCUUCAUCCUCAGGUUUGCACAGCAAGAGGAGGCUUUCAUCGCAUUUGAUAUGCUCUCAAGAGGUGGCAACUCAUCUCCUGAUAGAUCGUCCUCUUCCUGACAACGACUUAUUUGUCAAUCAAUCGGAGAUGAUUUACUCGAUGGAUUCACGAUCCUUUUAUCGUGAAUUGUUCAGCAAUUUUAGUAGAAAUGCUUCGUGAAUCGCAUUGAUGAGAUUUUUGCCAAUGAUCCAGCAAUUCUCGUCACUUAAUCCUUCACCGGUGAUCUGUAGGAAAGUUGCGAUAAUCAAAUAAAAAUAUAUGAAUUUUGACUCUAGGAGGAUUCGAACCCACGCCGAUUGCCCGCCUCUUUUGAGGAAGGUGUGAUGCAGGUUUAGUCCCACAUCAGUUUUGUGCUGAUUUUUCAAGCAAAUAUAUAGUAAUGCUAGCUUUCUAAGCAAAGUCCCUUCUCUCGCAUGUACGACCACUCCUUACCCCACAGCCAACUAGCCAUCAAUGACAUGGAAGGAGAGUGAUGCACACGUGCCCCUAUCGGUCCAAGUUAAGCCGCUCAAGCCCCUGCUCGCGGCUACUCCCCGACUAUGCUUCUGUCCCACUUGCAGGCCCGGCUGGCCAAUGGAUCUCCCAUUUUGUAAUAUUUUUAUUUUUAUUUCUUGUUCUUCAUUUAUCUCAAAAGUAAGAUUAUAAAAAUUGUAUAAAACCACUUUUCACACUUUAACACAAAUAUAAGUCUAUUUAUCAUGAGUUAAGGCUAAAAAUAUAUUAUUUAUUAAUUAUUAACUCAUGAUAAUGAAGACUUAUCACACCCCCCAACUUUAAUCAUUGCUAGUCCCUUAGCAAUGGAAUUACGAAAAUAA